AUGUCAACUUCAACGUUAACCUAAUUUUCAAAUUUUGAGCGUCAUGUGGUACCCACUUCAGUCAUACAAUUACACCACAAUACGAGAUGACGUCUCGUGUUAAGUAGCGCUCAUUAGACGAAAAUCCAAAUGGGAAAGUUUUAUUUUGAUAUUGCCGAUUAUGUCGUCUUCUCCGGUAUGCUGCUCGUCUCUGCAAUUACUGGAAUUUACUACGGGUGCAGAAGUCGAUAUUGCAAAUCUGAGGAAGGUUCCGAUCUUAAGGAGUACUUAACCGGAAAUAAAAGUAUGCAAGCGUUUCCUGUGGCCAUGUCAUUAGUUGCAAGUUACAUAUCCGGUGUGACGAUCUUAGGAACGCCUGCGGAAAUAUACAAUUUUGGCACGCAAUACUGGUUCAUCGCGUUCUCGAUAUGGUUUAGCGGAGCAAUCGUGGCUUACGUUUACUUGCCGGUGUUCUGCAAGUUGCAGGUCAAUUCAUCAUACGAGUACUUAGAAAUGAGAUUCAGCCGAGAAGUUCGGAUGCUGGCGUCCGUUCUAUUCGUAAUGGAUGAGAUAAUGUUCCUUCCCAUUGUUAUAUACGUGCCAUCCCUGGCGUUCAAUCAAGUUACCGGUAUAGACGUUCAUUUAAUUGGAUCCGUUGUGUGCUUCAUUUGCAUCUUUUAUACUGUUAUUGGUGGACUUAAAGCAGUAGUAUAUUCGGAUACGUGGCAAAUUAUAGUGAUGUUCAUUUCUGUUAUUGUACUAGUCAUUCUGGGAACAAUCGCCAUAGGUGGACCUAGCGUUGUCUGGAAUCGAAGUGGGGCUGGUGGACGCUUGAUAUUUAAUAAUUUCAAUUUGAGCAUGUACGAAAGGCACACUGUAUACGGAGUCGUAACCGGUGGUGUGAUAUUUUGGACGGCAUUCAACGGCGUGAAUCAGACAAUGGUUCAAAGAUACCUGUCUCUACCAAAUGAAAAGGAAUCCAAAAAGUCCGUACUUAUGUUCACCGUUGGCGUUUCACUAUUCGUAUCAUUGUGUGUAUACUCGGGACUGUUAGUCUUUGCCACUUAUCAUAAAUGUGACCCAAUGACAGCUGGAAGAAUAACUCAAGACGAUCAGUUACUACCACUGUAUGUAAUGGAGACUGUGGGACACCUACGUGGAGUUCCAGGGCUGUUCAUAGCUGGAGUGUUUGGGGCAGCUUUGAGCUCAUUGUCAGUUGUUCUAAAUGCCACGUCUGCAGUGGUAUUGGAGGACUUUGUAAAGGGGUGCCUAAGAAUAAGUAUAACUGAAAAGAAUGCUACUCAUUUAGUGAAAAUUGUCAUUUUGGUACUGGGUGCAAUGUCAAUGGGCUUCGUGUUUGUCGUAGAGCGUAUGGGGGGAGUACUGGUUAUGGCCACAUCGCUCUCUGCCAUCGCAGCAGGUACAACCUUUGGAGUAUUUACACUGGGAAUGGUGAUUCCUUGGUCUUCGUCAAUUGGAGCAAUCACAGGAGCAGUCGCAGGUGCAGCCUUAUCCGGGACAAUUUCGUUUGGUGGCCAGUACUCCAUGGCAAGUGGAAACAUCGUCUUGCACAAACUUCCUGUUAACGUCGACCUGUGCGAAGCUGACUAUGGGAUUACUCCAAACGUCACUGUAAUCAAUUACCCAGACGAAUCUCACAUUUUCGCCCUAUUUCGCAUAUCCUACCACUGGAUUACUCCCAUCGGAAUCCUGACUACAGUCGUUGUCGGCGCGAUUGUGAGUCUUGUAACUGGAAAGACAGAUCUGGCUCGGUUAGAUCCGGAACUCAUCUCUCCGGUCGUCCAAUUUUUGUUACCACCGGAAGCCCAAAGAUUUGCUGGGACCGCAACGAGUGCUAUAAGAAAUCGGUUACGCAACGCCGAAGACGCAGCUUUAAUGCAAGAAGUCUCUUCCUCAAUUAAUUUAGGCGAAGUUCAAGGUCCUUCUAGAUGAUAGAUUUAUUUAUCAACUUUGAGCCAUAAUUAUGAAAAACCUACGCUUGUAAAAUAUCUGUUAAAUAAAGGAUGUCGAUUUUUU